AUGACAUCAACUUUUCUUGUUUAUCCUUCAUCACCAACAGGUAACAAUCGUCGUCUUGAACUAGCUGGUCUUGACCUAUGGAGAAUGGCACGGAUUGAUAAUGUAUUUGUAUAUCCAUCUAGAAUAAAUAUCGAUCGUUUCAAAGAAGCACUCAGUCGUACUCUUUCUUUAUGGCCUUUUAUUGUUGGUCGUUCUCGUUUAGAUACCGACGAACAUUAUUUUAUAGAAAUGUCUGAUAAUCCUAUUCCAGUAGUAUUAUUCAAUGAUUACGAUUCCGUUAAAUGGCCUUUUGACUCAAAUGUAAUUCGAGAUUUUUAUACAAAUUCUCUUUCAACAUAUCUUGAUGAGGUUCGAGUAGCAAAUUUGUUUGAUAAUACAAAUGAUGAACCACUUGUACGACUUAAAUUAACUCAUAUUAUACAAAGUAAUGAAUGGAUAAUGGGUAUAAGUUGGGCACAUGAAUUAGGUGAUGCUGCAUCUUGUUUAAAUUUUUCAAAUACUCUCUCACGUUUAUAUCAGCAUAUGGAACCUCUUGAACCAUUACCAAUAUUUGAACGACGUUUAUGGAAACAUGAUGAAAUUGAUUCGUCGCUUUUAUUCACUAUGAAACAUUUCCGUGAUGCAAAACCAUUAGAAGAAAUGUGGAAAAAAUUUAUGAUCGAUCAAGAAGCAUAUGAUCAAGUUAAUCUAAGUUUUUCCGGUGAACAACUUGUAAAAUUAAGAACUUUAGCUGAUGACGAUAAUAUAACAAUCCAAGAUGCACUUACAGCUUAUAUUAUUCUAACAUUAAACAAAUAUUGUUAUUAUAACGAUGAUAAACGUCGUAUUUUACGUACGAAUACAUCCGUAAAUUUUCGUGGAGUAUCUGAUUCGAUUGCUUCUACUGGUCAGAUUGGUAAUGCAGUAUUUAUGAUGUUAUCAGAUGAUUUUCAAGAUCCAUAUUCACUAUCAUCUAUUGCAAAAACAAUACGUCAAUCAAUAAUAAAAUCACGUGAUCCGAAAUUUCUUAAACGUUGGUUAGCUACUGCUGAUGAUGCAAUGAGAAAAAUGAUUCAUAAUAAUCGACUUGCUGAUUUAGGAUUUGUACCAAAUGAAAUUAUAGUCAAUUCAAAUUUAAGAUAUGAUUGGGCAGAUUUAGUUGAUUUUGGUUAUAAAGACAAAUGUCGAUUUUACACAGGAUGGUCAGGUGCAUUUUAUCUCCGAGUAUUUCGUCUUAAUCCAAUAUGCAAAGAAAAGACAUAUUUAUCAAGAGAUCGAAAUGCUGCUGAAGUGAUAUUUCGACUAGAGAAAGAUUUGAAAGCAAAAUUUCUUAAUAUGAUAAAAGAAGAUAUUGAAGAAAAUUUUAAAAAUAUAAAUAAAUGA